CAGUGGUUUCCAUUUCAUCUUCUAAAAAAGAAGCCACCUCUUCACUUCCCGUGAGGUAUCCCUCACAUAAAAAACACAUCAACUCAAGAUUAAUAGUUUCACUUGCUAUUUUCCAUUGAGCUUGUUGAAUUCUGCUCAGCAUUUUCAAUAGAGAAUGGAGAAGAAACCCACCACUUUAAACUCUUUCCAAACUCAUUUUGUGGACAUACAUGAAACCUUACCUGAAGGAGACGAAGAGAGGAUAAUAAAGGAGGAGAAUGAAGUGGAGGAGCAGUUGAAUAAAGCCACCAAAUUUCGAGAAACGAAAAGAGGUAAUAGAAGUUUGAACAGGCAAGUUUCACUUGAGACAGGAUUUUCGGUUCUGAACAGAGAAAGGAAAGGCAGAGAUGAGAGGAAGACUCUGACCAGAAGUGGGACAAGCUUGGGUUCUGCACAUAGGAUUGGUUUGGAAGGACAGAAAGGAGAUUUCAGCAUCUUCAAGACGAAAUCCACUCUCAGCAAGCAGAACUCUCUGUUGCCAAGAAAAGAGAAAGAUUUGGAUUCCCAGAGGAUCAAUGGCUCUGGGGUGGAUGAUGAUGAGUCUGUUAAUACAAGUGUUCCAGCUGGUAGGUACUUUGCUGCUCUUAGAGGACCUGAGUUAGACGAAGUCAAGGAAUCCGAGGAUAUUCUUCUGCCCAAAGAUGAAACAUGGCCUUUUCUCCUUCGGUUUCCCAUAGGAUGCUUUGGUAUCUGUCUUGGUCUAAGCAGCCAAGCGGUUCUGUGGCGAGCCAUGGCAACAAGCCCCGCCACAAAAUUCCUCCAUGUCACCCCAGCAAUCAAUUUCUUCCUCUGGUUUUUAGCCUUAGCAGUGCUAAUCGCAGUUUCCAUCACCUACAUUCUCAAAUGCAUAUUCUACUUUGAAGCAGUGAGAAGAGAGUACUUUCACCCAGUUCGUAUCAACUUCUUCUUCGCCCCAUGGGUUAUCUGCAUGUUCUUGGCCAUCGCCGCACCUCCGAAACUAGCCCCGGAAAAACUUCACCCUUCCAUUUGGUGCGUUUUCAUGGCACCUUACUUUGCUCUCGAACUCAAAAUCUAUGGCCAGUGGCUUUCUGGAGGCAAGAGGCGUCUGUGUCAGGUUGCAAAUCCCUCUAACCAUCUUUCUGUGUCUGGAAACUUUGUCGGCGCAAUCUUGGCUUCAAAAGUGGGUUGGAAGGAACCUGCAAAGUUCUUUUGGGCUGUUGGUUUUGCACAUUACCUGGUUGUGUUUGUGACUCUGUAUCAGAGGUUGCCAACAAAUGUGUCACUCCCCAAGGAGCUUCACCCUGUGUACUCCAUGUUCAUUGCUGCACCCUCAGCGGCAUGUCUUGCUUGGGGGAGUAUCUAUGGUGAAUUUGAUGGCUUGUCCAGAACUUGCUACUUCAUCGCCUUGUUUCUCUAUGCUUCGCUUGUCGUUCGGAUCAAUUUCUUCACUGGUUUCAGGUUUUCAGUUGCUUGGUGGUCUUACACGUUUCCUAUGACAACCGUGUCUGUGGCAACCAUCAAGUAUGCAGAGCAGGUUCCUUGCGUUAUAAGUCAAGGCCUUGCUCUUGUGCUUGCAUUUAUGUCAACAACGAUGGUGUGUGUUUUGUUUGUGUCGACUCUGCUUCAUGCUUUCGUUUGGCACACUUUGUUUCCAAAUGAUCUUGCUAUUGCAAUAACUAAGAGGAGGCAUGGUAGCAGAGAGAAGAAGCCUUUGAAGAAGGCCUAUGACAUAAAGCGCUGGACAAAGAGAGCUCUGGGCAAGAACAACCCAGUGAAUAAGGAUACCAGUGAAGAGUGAUAUGGUGUAGAAUCAAUAGCAGCCAAGUUCUCUGUUGACCCACAAUUAAAUUUCUGAUGUGGGAUUAAUCAAGGAGUUAUUAGUUUGAGCAACUUAUACUUUCAAAGGUGGUUUUUUUGUUAAAAAUAAAAUAGAUUGCCUCUUUCAUAUUAGUAUAUUACCUAACUGCGCCUAACUACUGGUAGCUGUUUCAUUUGCUAGAUUACCCUGUCUAGGAACUAGUAAAAGAGGUGAGUGAUACCCACCUAUAUAUUUCUCCUUUAGUUGAAGAUUUAAGAAUAUGUUCAAAUCUCUAAUUAUAGUGUUCGGUUUGACUAACUUGUGGUUGAGGCAUUUACCCUUAGUGAAAUUAUCAGGGAUAACUUCAAGAUAAUGACUAUACUUGGACAACCUUGAGAUAUCUAGUCAUGCCGGUUCUUAUUAGAAAUAACAAUAUGGGCCCGUUUGGUGGUCAGGAUAGGAUAUGAGGAUAGGAUAUGAUAUGUGAACAGGAUAUCAACAUGAUAGGAUAAGAGCAGUAUAGACUCUUAUUAUAUCCUGUGUUUGAGGUGCACAUGAUAAGAACAGGA